GCCAAAAAGGAAUUCUCAAUCAGUCCUCAACCCAUAUGCUCGACCAGACCAUCAUCCUAGAGGAGAGAAGCUCUGCACAAACUCCAUUUUCAUCCAUCAUACACGCACCAAGUUAAGGGAGGAAGAGGAAAGGAAAAAGAGAAGAGAAAAGAGGAGUUUAGGUGGGAAAACUUGUGUUUAAUAAGGAACUUUCACGGAGUCGAAAGGGUCGCCGGAGUUGUCGCUGGAGUUCGUUGAAGUUUGCCGGAGUUUCGUCGGAGCUAAAUCGGGAAGGCUAGAACUUCAUAAGCUUCAUUAAGGUUAAGGCUAGAGUCCUACUACCUGCACCUUUGUCUAGGGUGAUCGUCCAAGGAGGAAGACGUGGUAGCAGGAUGAAUGCCAACGCCCUGUUCGCAAAGAGGAAGGGCAAGACCCAGUCAAAGGAGAAGGGGCCCUCGGGCCAGAAGCCAGCCGACGCCUUUUUUCCGAAGGUCGUAGAGCCCUCCACUGGGGACGUCCAUGCUGCCGUGGGGACCAGGGGGUCGAAACCCGAGGCGGCCGUGAAGAAGAAGAGGAAUGAUAAGGGGGUGGAGCCCCCCACCAAGAAGCAGAAAGCCGCCGGGGGCGCCAUCGAGGGGGCGGCCCCCCUCAUAGUUAUUGAUGACACACCCGCCGCCGAUGGGCCCCUGGCCUCGGUCACCCCGAAGGCUCUGGUGAAUCCAUCCCCGGAGGAAUUGCCUCGGGAGAUCCGUCAGCUCUCCUUUGCCCCCGGCGCUUCCCUGAUGCACGGCACUGCCGAGCCGAGGGCCUUCCUGCGGGGCAUCACCUCGAAGAUGGACAGGGAAGUCUUCGAGACCUACGAUGAUGAUGCCCUCGAGAACAGGAUCCUCCGGUCCUCUCUCACUGCCUGCAUAGCCCUCGGGGAACAGGCCCGGAGGCGCGAGGAAAGGCGCCUUCACGAGGCCGCCCAAGAUAAGAAGGUGGAGGGGUUGAUCCGCAAGAACUCCGAGGCAGUGAGGCAUGCUGCACAGCUGGAGGAGGCCCUCCGGGAGGCGAAGGCGGCGGCGGAGAAGGCCAAAGCUGACGGUAUAGCCGAAGGCAAGGCUGAGGCCGAGAGGGUUGCUGCCGAGGCGGCGAAGAAAGCUGCCGAUGAGGCCAAAACCGCCCAGGAGGGAGCUGUGGCCAAGGCCCGAGGGGAGGCAGUUGCUGAGUUUCUUGUUGAGGGCUGGAGGACCGAGGGCCAUAAGGAGUGGGUGGCCUCCGUGGUGGCGGCCUCGGUGGAUGCUUGGGUAGAAGGCCCCGGGGUUGACUGGCUGACAGAUAGGGGCGACGCCUACUAUCAGGGGGGUGAGUUUUUUACCCAGCAUUUGAUUUACCGGAGGCUCGCCAGGCACUUCGGCGUAUCCCUUGAUCAAUUCGACCCCUCGGCAUACGGCCUCCCCCCAUUGCAAUCAGACGUGAGAGUUCCCCUCCCCCCGGGCGAAGAGCGGCCGACGAUAUAUGAUUCCGUGAUGAUGGGGGGUGAUGGGGGCGGAGCCGUCGGAGGUGAUGCUGCCGGGGAAGAAGUCUCCUCCAAAGCUGCCGUGGAAGAUGCCCCCGGAGAUAACGAUGCUGAAGCCGCAGAGAAAGUUUGUACUUAGUUAAUAUUUAAAACUUCUGUUGUAACGGACACCUUUGAUCCUUCGGCUUCGGCCUGUCUGUAACGAUUACAUUGACUCCUU